AUGGCGUACAGAGAGGCCGGCGCGGCUGGCGCGGUGCUCGCGGUGCUCCUAGCCUUGCUGCUAGUCUAUCGACUGACGCGCGGCGUCGAGAAAAAGUGCGCGGCGGUGGUCGUCGUGGGCGACGUGGGGCGCAGCCCACGUAUGUGCUACCACGCGACGAGUCUCGUGCAGCACGGCUGGAAAGUUCGUGUUAUCGGCUAUUUUGACACGCGUCUCCCCCCUGCGCUCGAAGGGAAAGUUGAGUGCGUUCCGCUCUAUAAUCCUCCUGCGUUUGUGGCGCGACUGCCCCGUGCGCUCUUUGCACUUGUCGCUCUAAUCAAGGUGCCACUCGUCGCCCUCUCGCUGUUCCACGCGCUCGCUGGCCGGGCGUCAGCGCCCGAGGUGGUUGUGGUACAGACGCCGCCUGCGAUCCCGUCUCUGCUCGUAGCGCGAAUCGCGUGCGUGCUGCGGGGCAGCCGGUUGGUGAUCGAUUGGCACAACCUCGGCUACACGAUUCUCGGGCUGAAGCUCGGCGCGUCGAGCAAGCUCGUGCGCCUCGCAGAGCGCCUCGAACGGUGGUCGGGGCGUCGUGCGGAUGCGCACUUCUUUGUUACUAAGGGAAUGCGCGAUGUACUGGUCAAGAGCUGGGGUCUCCAGGGCACGCCACGCGUCCUGUACGACCGCCCGGGCCAAAACUUUUGCCCCGUGACGCUCCAGGAGCGCGGCAAGCUCCUGACGCGCCUCGCGGACGAUAUCGGUGACGAAGGGCUCAGGAACGGCCAUGCAGUCGUCGUCACCAGCACGUCCUGGACGCCAGACGAGGACAUGGAUAUGCUCCUCGACGCCAUGUCCAAGUACGAAGAAACGGCACAGAAUCCCCGUAUGGCCCUGCCGCCCAUUUCGCUGCUAAUAACCGGCAAGGGGCCGCUCCGCGAUAUGUACAAGGCCAAGUUUGCGACUCGUGCCGAGGCGGAAAAGUGGACCAAGGUGAAUAUGAACACGGCAUGGCUCGCGGCCGAGGACUAUCCCCGCUUGCUUAGCGCUGCGGAUCUCGGCAUCUCGCUGCAUUCGAGCUCGUCGGGUCUCGACCUUCCGAUGAAGGUCGUCGACAUGCUCGGUUCUGGCCUGCUCGUGUGCGCGCUCGACUUUCCGUGCCUCAAGGAGCUCGUCCAACCGCGGGUCAAUGGCGAAGUGUUCCAGGACUCAAACGGCCUGGCACAGGCCAUGGUGCGACUCUUGCAGGGAUUCCCGGACGAACACGAGGCAGGCGAGAUCGCAGGCAACUUCUUGACGGGGCCGACGCCACGGACCUGGAACGAGAACUGGGAUCAGGUCGUGCUGCCACUCCUGCCGUCCUGA